AUGAACAAGGCUCUUGUUGCUUGCCUCGGUGAAUCUGAACCCCAUGAAUGGACGAGAGAGGAAACUAUUGCAGUUCAGAACCACACUGGUUUGCUAUCGCAUACCCUGCUCCAAAAACUUCGUAACAAUUGGAAACCAUACUCUGGCAAUAAGGAACAAUCUGAACAACACGAUGAUCAGAAGUAUGGAGGCAAUACCGACUGUUUCGAAUAUAAGUUAAAUAUCUUCAACAUGUAUUGCUCGCAAUUGAACAUUUCAAACAACGAAAUAAAGGCAAAGGCAUUUCCACAAAUGCUUAAAGGCACAGCUUUCCAAUUUUACGUUACCAUCACGACAAAUCAAGUAAUUGUCCCAACAUUUGUUCAAAUAUGCGACGUGAUUCGAUCUUAUUUUGAAAUAGAUGAGUGGAAGCGUGCUAGAUUAACUGAAUUCAAUAGUACAACACUUAAAAAGGUCAUUUCAAAUAAUCCGACCAAGUCUCUCAAAGAUAGCAUGGAUAUUCUUGUGGACAAACUUCAGCAACUGCAACUCGGCCUAGCUUCUCCAUUCAGAACGGACUCACUCCUUUGUCAGACGCUAAUUCUUGCAUGCGCUCCAGUCGAGGCAUGCCAGUUUGCAUGCAUAAAACCUUCUCCCACAUUUCCCGGUCUCAUCAGUGAACUAAAGGGUGCUGUAGAUAUCUGGCAAGCAGCGCAUCCCAAUUCCCAUCCGCAGCAAGAAGUAUUUACCAAUCAAAUUGAUACUUUUUCUCCGUCCGACCCGGGAAAUGAGUUUGUAGAUGAAGUUGAUGUUGAUGUUUUCUACAUAGAUCGCACCUAUCACGGCAAUCGUGGCCGCAACGAAAACCUACGCUUUGGCCGCAGAAAUAGCCAACUCGGUCGCGCUCAGCAAUACCAGCAAAGUACAAACCCACACUUCCAAAGUCAAAAUUAUCUUUGUUGGCAAUGCCCCAAAACCUGUUUUGUAUGCAAGAAGCCAGGAUGCUGGUCAACUAAACAUACCGAGGCAGAGCGUGCUGAUACAAAACGCAAGUAUUUGCAGCAACUUGGCCAAAGAUUUGAUAAUAAUGCCCGACAGUACAUUCUAAGCAUUGAAGGAACUGAAGAUGAACAUGAUUUCAAUGAUUUUGAAUCAUUCAUGACAGAACUUAACUUGGAUGAUAAUGACAAUCGAAUCAAGAAUGUCGCUUUACACAUGGUUUCUACAAUGUCUAACAACUCUACAUACCAUGCAAUUACUCAUACAAUACCCGCUAAUAAUCCAAAUCCGCUCACAUAUACCAUCAUAGAUAAACACUCCUGUUACUCAUCUGCAGAAUUUUACGGAAUCAUGAUUUAUGCUGGCUCUUCAACAGUAUCUACAAGUGGGUAUGGCCAAUUUCUUGCAUAUAAGAGGAGAAUCAAAAAUGCAGCAACCAUUGAUAUAAGAACUGCCGGAUCCGUCAAUGUUCAAUUUGGCAUUGGAUUGACCUCGACAAUAGGCUCUUUGGUGAUUUAUACCCCCAUUGGCCCGUGGUCUUUCAUAUAG